AUGGCAACCAAACAAGACGACACCAUAUCGUCCCCACCACCCUGCCAAACCGGCCCCAAUCCAAACGCCAACCAACAACCUAAGAAGAGCGCUCAUCUCGACCCUAGCGCCCAAGCCACACCCCAGCAAGUCUCAAAGAAAACCCAAAAGUCGAAGGACAAAUCCCCCUUCAAGAAAGGCUUGAAGUCGGUCGGACGUUGCCUUGCGGUACCGUAUAUCUGUUGCUGCUGCAUAUACCACACUCAGAUUACUGAGAGGGAUCCGUGGGGAGCGCCGAACCAUCCGAAGCGGAGGGAGAAGAAGGAGAUGAAGAAGAGGGCUAAGGGGGAGAAGACGUUUACUGCGUCGUAG